CACCAGUCUCACUCUUACGUAAUGGGACGAAACGGAAACGAACGUAAAAAAAAUCAAAAUCCCGUAAAUUUCUCACUAAAAUGAAGAGAAGACCCUUAAAUUCAGGAUUUGUAGGGAGACAGUCUGCACAAGAGGAGAAGGGCUCAAUCUCGGACGCUGUACUGAAACAAGGUCGUAAGAGCGGGCAGUUGAAUCUGUCAAACAGAGGGCUCACUGAGGUGCCUGAAAAAGUAUGGAGAAUAAACCUCGACGUACCAGAGGAAGCGAAAAGUGUGUCGUUAGACUGUGAGGAUAGAUGGUGGGACCAAGUGGAUCUCACAAAACUUAUUCUAGCGUCAAACAGCUUGACUGAGAUAUCUGGAGACGUCUUCAACUUGCCGGCUCUUGUUUUACUAGAUAUUCAUGACAAUAGCCUCACAACACUACCUGAAGAGAUAGGCAGCCUAAGCUGUCUGCAAAAAUUAAAUCUUGGCCAUAACAAGAUCUCAUCACUACCAAUGUCAAUGGCACAGCUUGAAAGUUUGUGUUCUUUAAAGCUGGAGCAUAAUUCCUUUAAGAGCCUUGAAUGUUGGCUUGGAAGUCUAAGGAAUCUGGAAGAAUUGGAUGUCUCUUAUAAUAUGGUUUCAAGCUUACCAUCUCUGGCUGGUUUGAAGCAUCUAAGGACAUUGAAUCUGUCCAAUAAUGCUUUAGAGACGCUACCUCCAGAAUUUGACCAUCUUCAAGCCUUGGAUGAUUUGAAUAUAAGCAGCAACAAAAUUUGUAACUUUCCAGAGUUAAAGAACAUGAAAAGUCUUCGAAGAUUAGACUGUCGUCAAAAUCAUCUGACCAGUGUGCCAUCUGUUGGGCAGUGCCCCUCUCUCAAGGAACUUUACCUGGCUUAUAACAAAAUAGCGGAAUUGGAUAGCAAAGUAUUUGCUGGUUACUCUGGUCUUACAGUACUUGACCUGCAUGACAACUUACUAACAAGCAUCCCUGAGGAUAUCAUUAUUUUACGAGACUUAGAGAGGUUGGAUCUAACAAACAAUGAUAUUUCAGGCUUGCCAUACAAAAUAGGAAAUAUGUCAAAUUUGAAGUCCCUGGUGUUAAAUGGAAACCCCUUGCGGGAGUUACGAAGAGACAUUGUAAUGCGUGGUACUCAAGCAAUCAUGAAGCAUCUAAAAAGCAGAAUUCCUGAUGAUGAUGGUGCAACAGAUCAGCCAGAUGCAUCAGUUGCUCCCCUUCCUUCUGUAUCAAUGGGUUCCUCAGGUGCCGUUGUUGAUAUGCACACUCUUGGUCACACAAAAACAUUGAAUUACAGUGGUAAGAAGUCAGCAAGCAUUCCAGUUGAGGUGCUGGAGGCUGCUGUGACAUCAGAGGUCAAAACUGUAGACUUCAGUAAAAACAUGUUGACAGAUCUACCUGAAAGAAUCACAGCCUUGAGUUCCUCAGUCAGUGAUCUCAACCUUGGGUUUAAUAAAAUCACCUCACUCCCAUCAGGAAUUUGCUCCUUUACGCAGCUUGAGUUUCUUGACCUAAGGAACAAUCAGCUGUCCUCUCUUCCUGAUGGUUUUGCAUCCUUGAGAUCUCUCAGAGAAAUCAUCAUUUCUUAUAACAGGUUCUCAUGCUUACCACCAGUGCUCUACUCAAUGAUUUCACUCAGAACUCUUCUUGCUUGUGACAACCAGAUAGCCGUCAUCGAUGUAGAUGGCUUACUGCGCAUGUCAGUUCUAGAGACACUUGAUCUUCAAAACAACAAUAUAUCACAAGUCCCCCCUGAGCUAGGCAAUGUCAGGGGACUGAAGGCUCUUCAGCUUGGAGGGAACCCCUUCAGGACUCCACGGGCUGCCAUUCUAGCCAAAGGAACUCAAGCGCUGUUAGAGUACUUACGUGACAGGAUUCCAAGAUAGUUUGCUUGAUUUCGUGUUUGAAUUAUCUGUUAGAUUGGACAAAGAUACUGAGCUUGAAUCUGGUUCUUUGUGUCAUAUUUCUUCUUGUAUAUGUAAGGGUAAGAAUAUAUGAUGUUCUGGUCCAAACAAAUCUGGGUUGUUCAACUAUAAUUUUCACAAUUUUCACGUGAUGUCCCAUAAGAACCCUGCAUCCUGGAAAAAACAAUCACAAAUCUAUUAAUAUAUCAUGGCUUCUUAUUUUUUCUCCUAUUAUAAUUUAUGCCAUUUGUAAAUUUACAAAGCAAAGUAAAACAAUCAAUCUGUACAGGC